AUGCUAACUAGUUCCCUCGUUGUGAAGAGUUCAAGGGUCCACACCCGCAAUCGGACCAUUGAAGCCAGAGACGUUGAAGCCAAGGUCGACGUAGUAGAAGACACUGAACUCAACAUUGACGUGCUCGAUGAGGCCCUUGUCGUUGAUGACAAAAAUGUUCAUUCCCUGAACGGCCUGGGGUGGUUGGGGAGCGUUGAAGUUGCCUGGGUAAUUGAACUUUCAGUACCAGAGGAUCUGGUCGUAGCUGAACGGCACGAGCUGAAGAUCGGUAAUACCGAAGACAGGUGGCUGGGCCAGCACCACGUUGAUGUAGCCCUCCUUGGUCGGGAAGGUGCGAUCGCCCGGCUAAUGCGUCUCAGCCAGUUACCGAGACUUGCAUUGAUUGAGGAAACCUACCUUGAGGCCAAGGAAGCCAUUGAUCGAGUCAGACUGCUCGGUGAAAUCGGGUGCAAGGAUCUUCUGAGCUGUCGCAUUGGCUUACAGUUGGAUUUGAUUCGGGUCGGCGUGCGCAAGGAAGAAGGCAUAGUCAUGGACGAGCUUCGUGGCCUGGUCAUGUGUAACAAACUUCCCGCCAUUACCACCAUUGCCGCCGUUUCCAUAACCGCCGCCCCAGGGCGAAGAAGGUGCAGCGCCGCUACACAUGCCAUAGCAAGAGAAGAUGCAAUGCUGACUGUCUUCAUGAUUGUACUAUUUACGAAGCAGACUGAGCUGAAAAGGAGAAAGAUGGGUAAUGAGCGACUGACGAAACACUUACGAUGCCUGCAAAUGCUGGGAAUAGUAGACGACUAG